GGGAGGGCUUCUUGAUUGGCGUUCUCAGUGACCCAAUCGGAGGCUAGUAGUUGGCCAAUCAGAGUGCGACUUUGACAAACUAUAAAGUUCCAAAAGCAUGGCGGGGAGCGCUUGGUUAUUGUGUAGUGCUGCGGAAAUGCAGUCUGUUUGCGGGGAAAGCACGGUGGACUUGGAGCAGACAAACCCAGAGGUGUCAUGUCGGAAGUUAAAUGGCAGUUCGGGCGGGCCUGAGGCGUGUGUGGUAUUCCUGUGUAAGAACUGCUACACGGUGCUGGGGGACUCGCUCAGUGUGUGUGGGGAGGAGAGGAGCUUGGCUGCCAUCGCCUGCCUGCGAGUCACAGAAGAUUUGAAUGUAGGAGAAUCAGUACUUUUUGUGGUGAAUGGGAACCUGAAAGGCUGUGCCUAUUACCCUUUACUGUGUCGCUCCUGUGGGACCAAUAUUGGCUUCAACCUUUACUCUGCGCCUAGGGCUUAUGCCUACCUGAGAGGCUUAUUCUGUCUCCUCAAAGAACAUAUUCUCUGCUAUAAACUAAAAUCCAGCGCUUUGGUCCCAGGAAAUGAAAUGCAAUUUGAGUUUCCAAGCCUAGAGGAGGAUGUGGCAGAACUGAAGAUGCAACUGGUGCAGCUGCAUGUUAAAAUGGAACUGAUAUCCAAACAACUGCUACAGCAGGAGAAAAACACUACAGCCUGUUCAUGACAUGCCACACAAACUAACCUCAAGCCAUGCUAACUGCAUUUUGGGAGGAGUCUGCUCAGCUUUGCUCCAUCUGGCUGACCCAAAUUUAUGUACUAGGUUUAGUACUCUUCGACAGGAUGUCUGACAUGGAAUGGAUUAGCUCUUUUUUGUGUUGAGAAUUGUGAGAUUUGAACAGGAGUAUGUUCUCCUGAGCCUUAAUUAAAAGAAAACCCAAUCAAAUUGAGCCACACUAAUCCAAAUUACCAGUUGGGUAACAGGGAACAUGACUGUAAGGCCCAUAUUUUAUAUACUGAACUUACAGCACCAGUCUUAAGUUUCAGAACCUCUAUACCUGCAGUAAUUUAGGCCUUCAAAGUUUUGCACAGGGAGUCACCAUCUUGAAUUGCACUUGCUCUGUGCAGCUGUUGAGAAGCUAAGCUCAGGGGUCAUUCCAAAUCAAGCACAAAAUGAGGUUCAUUUGUCAUAAGCAUCCAUGAAUCUGAAUCACUAACCAGCCUUGAGGGCAGUUGUUGCUUUGGGCUGGUACAGAAGCCCAGCACAUAGUGUGCAUUUCUAGCCUUCUAUAAUCUUUAAGGUUCCCUUUCCCUACCUUCAGUAUGUGUGUAUGUAUAUAAUCUAUAUUGAAGCAAAAUAGAAUCGGUGGUUUAAUGCUUUGUACAAAGUGGUCUGCAUACAUUUUCUGCGUUAAAAUUAAAUAAGUAUCUGGACAACAGUUGAGUUUUCAGUGCGUUUCAGCCCGUGCUGUUUAUUGCUUAAAACAUUUUUACAUAAAUGCAAUUUUUUUUUUUUCUAUUUUUACACAACCAGUUUUAACAAAGUUUAUACAAUCAUGACAAGACUGGUACUUGUUUUUGUUAGAACACUCAUUCGUUCUCCCAGUACAACAAAUGUGCAUAGAUAAUAAGCAAGCUGCCUUGGAAUACAUCGAGGCCCUGGCCUGGUAUAACUAUGUACCCUCUGUAACAAGAGCUACCACACCACCCAAAGUGGUUCAGUGCGAUCCACUUGAUGUAAAUAAAAUGAAAGUACUGUC